CGUCUCGCUGUGAAUGGCGAGUGGCCGUGGACGCUUGCAUUCAGCUGUUUGAAUCUUUUGGAGCAACUGAAGUAAUUGUUUUAUAGAAUUAGCCAUGAAAACUGAGUCCAACGAGAAGUGGGUUGUGUGCCGCGUUUGCCUGAACAAUCCCAGCGAGGGCGAGGAGCUGCUCCACGAGAUAUUCAGCGAAACGGCUAGCACGCGCCUGGACCAAAUGCUGCACAUUUGCGCAGGCAUUCCAGUCAGCCUGGAUGACAACUUCCCGGACAAGAUGUGCAGCAAGUGCGUGCGCUGCCUGCGGCUCUGCUACAAGUUCCGCCUGACCUGCCAGCGAUCUCAUCAACACAUAAUGGACAUGCUGGUCCGGGAGGCUAGCAACGCCAAUGCCGCCGGCGAAGGAGAAUUGCUGAACAACUCGGAGGACCUUUCGGUGGAGAGCGUGCUCAAGACUUGGGAGGAGAACGCCAGUCAGCUUGAUGGCGGCAUGAAAGUGGAGGGCGAUGAGGAUUUUGACCAGCCGGAACAUCAGCAACAGCAGGUUAUUACCUACGUCGUGGAGGAUGCCGACGCUGACGAUACCAAUAUGUUCAGUGACCACGAUUCCACUCAGCCGGAGCAGACUGAGAUCGAUAAGGCUGAACCGUAUGCUGAAUAUGAGGAAUAUGAACUGCUCACCAACGAAAACUCGCCGGAAAUCACACAUGAAAAAAGCUCCACCGUUACAGAUGUUACCACUGAAGAACCGCCCGAAGAAGACAUUACUGAAGACAUACUCAGCUCAGACGAAGAUUAUGUGCCAACUCAUACUAAGCCGGAAAAACGCGAUCGAUCUGGCGGGAAGGCUGUUGCAUACUACAAAAAUACCUCAGAAGUGGAACCUGUGAAAAAGAAGCUUGGCAGGAAGCCGCGCAACAGGCUGAGCACAUACAUCUGCGAUGUGUGCGGAAAUAUCUAUCCGACUCAGGCGCGUCUCACCGAGCACAUGAAAUUCCAUUCCGGCGUAAAACCACACGAGUGCGAGAUCUGCGGAAGAGGCUUUGUACAAAAUCAACAGCUUGUGCGGCACAUGAACACGCACACGGGGAAUCGGCCUUACAAGUGCAACUACUGUCCAGCUGCCUUCGCCGAUCGAUCCACCAAAACCAAACAUCAUAGAAUCCACACCAAGGAGCGUCCUUACGAGUGCGACGUUUGCUCUAGAACGUUUACCUACUCGGACAACCUGAAGUUCCACAAGAUGAUUCACACGGGGGAGAAGCCGCAUGUUUGUGAUCUUUGCGGCAAGGGAUUUGUAAAGGCCUACAAAAUGCGUUUGCAUCGGGGGACGCAUGAUAGACGUGUUGGCACCUGGAAAGCUGACAUGGAAAUGAGCACCAAAGGAGAAGAUGUCAAGGGGGAAACGCCAGAGUUCCUCAGUUAAUUCCCCAGAGAGUUCUUUUUAGUUUAUAUGAAAAGUUACGUCUAAGCAUUAAGAAAGCCAUUGUUAAGUUCUUCCAUUAAGCAAAUAUAUGUACACAGGAUA